GGCCGAAGAUUAAUCACCAAAAGGCGUCUUUCGUCUCCGGAGAUUUUUCUAGUUUCAAUUCCCGUGUGAUUCGCUUUACCGUACGGCGACUAUCACGAACCAAUCUUUGAUUGUCUAGGUUUUUCAGAUUCAAAGGGACAAGGAUAGUUAAGAUGGAUACCCAGGGACUGAGGGGAGCUGGUCUGCGUCGACGGAGGAAGGCGAGUAUCGAUUUGAAUGUACGACCCAAUGAAACUCGAGAUCGAGAAGGGACCUCUAACUCCGGAAUUGCACGUGGAGUUUCUGUCGGUAACAAUCAAGGGGAGUCUGUACCUGCUCCUCCUCCUCCUAUUGAUGUCGAUGCUAUCGAUGAUGAUGAUGUUGUGGAAUCCUCUGCAAGCGCUUUUGCCGAAGCUAUAAACAAAUCGACAGGGACAGGCUUACACCGGAGGCCUCUAAUGGUUGAUGUAGAUUCAGGUCGAACGAGUAGAAUGCCUGCCAACAUCAGCAUAAAGAGGAGAAGGGUUCCGCCUAAUCAGCCUGUCAUUGAUUGUGAUCAUGUCGUUCUGCUUACGGUUCCAGGGAGGGAGCCUGUUUCGAAGCCCCCACCACCUCAAGAGGAGCCAAAGUUUACGUGUCCAAUUUGUAUGUGUCCAUUUACUCAGGAGACGUCAACGAAGUGCGGUCAUAUAUUUUGCAAGGAAUGUAUCAAGAUGGCAAUAUCUAGCCAGGGUAAAUGCCCUACAUGUAGGAAAAAGGUUACUGCUAGAGAUUUAAUUCGGGUGUUCCUUCCAGCCACCACCCGCCAUGGUUAAUGAUCUAAUUACCAGAUUGGUUUUGGAACAAGGAGGGGAUGUCAAAAAGAGGUGGGCGAUUAUAUUUGAACAAUUUCUGUCUUCUGGAAGUGAAGGUAGUGUCUGGGGAUUAUGGAACCUACUUUUUAAUGUAUAUCACCGACUCACCGGUAUAUUAACCGUCUAAACUCUCCUGUUCCUAGUUAUUGUUCUAUCUAAUGGAAGAGAUGUAUUGGGGAAAAGAACAUUGAAUGUUAAUGAAGCAUUUCAACAGCCAUUUCGCCAGUAA